AUGGCCCAAAACAUGAUGCCUGGCUUAGAACAGAGUCUGCUCCAGCUACAGUGGAGCGUGAAUGCCAUCCAGGUGUCUUUGGAGCGUCUGCAGGAGUCACAACGUAACUCGCAAUUGGACAACGGUCGCCAUGUGAGGGUGCUCACACAAGUCGUCAUGGAUAUCAAGAGACGCAUUGCCGCGCCCCAGCAAGCCCUCCCCCAACCAAGGCAACCUCGCAUUCCAGGGGCCAAUACUGUCGUCCAGAGAAGACCCAGCAUUCCAAAAGCCAAUCCUGCUGUCCAGAGAAGAUGUGUCAGUUCUUCUCAGACGCAUCAGGCAGCUAAGACGUUACGCGCCAAAACCACACCCGAGAACAUCAGCGUUAGGUUAACCAACAGACGCACCAUAUCUGAAACCCUAACGGGAGUCAUGGACAUUCCGCUGUUCCCUCUCCUCAACAUGCGAGCUUACGGGCCAUCAUUAGCCAACUGGGCCUUGAUGAUCCUCAGAUAA